CGCAUUUACACCGGUACCUGGUACCGUACCAACGUGCAAUGCUUUCGGGAUCAACAAUCAUUCGUGCUCCAACGGCAUUUGGGUUGGACGGGCAAAGCUUCGUGCCUUUUAAGAGUUGCUUGCUGUAGAAGAUCAAUGAUUGGACAGCCUCCCGGAGGGCGAAGGUUUCAUACCAGGCCAUCUGUGACGAAAUUCUUUUCGAGUUGUUGUUCCCUGCACUUCAUGGCUUCUGCAGAAUGCAAACGAGACGAUAUGCAGUGUCCUCAUUGUUGAUAUCUACUUCCUCUGAGAGAGCCCCAUACAUUGCAGCCACCUUAAACCCAGAACAGCGAGCAAAGAGCUCCAUUUCUUGAGCCGUGAAAAGCUUCAGAGGAACCACUCCACGGAUACUUUUCUUUUCCGCAUCUUCAACACCUGUCAAGUUGAGCACCACUGUGUUCUGCCGCACUUGCUGGAUUGGAUCGAUUUCAUCAUUCUCGUCUCCCCAAACCACGUGAAGCUCCCCAUAUUCUUUCCCAUUGUCGUCGUCCAACGGUACAUCCCAGCUGUUUGUCGUGGACUCUAUCAUGUUGAAAACUUCGUUUGGAUGGGGUAGCUCUAGAAUCAGAGUCCCUUUUGGAGUCAACGAGCGAUGGAUGGCCUUCAAACAGGCAAUAACAUCCUCGUUUGUUGUCAUGUGUUGGAGGGAACCAGCCAGAAUCCAAGCAGAAUCGCAUGGUUCUUCCAAUUCAAAGGUUCUCAUAUCAUCACACAGAAAUGUGAACUUGGAAGACAACAUGUCAUUAUCAAGCACUUCCCUGGCUACGCCGCGCCCAUAUUCGACCAUUUCGGGAGACAAAUCCAAGGCGAUUGCACGGUCUACCAGUUUGGAAGACAAUGCUUCCAUGCAAUGCCGACCAGGACCAGAUGCCACUUCAAUCACAGAUUUUGCCUUUUGGCCAGACACUUUUUCGUGAGAAUCCAAGAGAAACUCCACCUCGCUUUCAUAGUUUCGAUACCCCAUGGCUAGAUCAUACAAGGCUGGAGCAGAGUAUAUUCUCUUGAGAUUUUCAAUACUGCCACUGCCUUUCUUUGCUUCAUCCUCGUUUGUGGAGGAUCUCUUGCCAAAUCCUUGGCCACCAAAAAGCUGCGAAGGCGUUGUUUGGAGUUGCUUCACUUUCUUCAGUGGAUUAAGGUGAAAAGCAACUGCUAGGGGAAGCAAUGCCAUCAGAGUCAAGCUGGAGAAUAGUUUCAUUGUUGCUCUGCUCAUGGGUGUGAUGCUUCCUUCUGGCUAUCCGAUAAUGGAUGUAGGUCUCCACAAGCUGAAAUAUCUACCAGUAUCUGCUUCGUCUUUGGAUGUGGGGGCGUGUUGUGUUAUGUUCUGGUUAUACAUGUACUACUGGCUAGUAGUAUGUUAUGUUGGGUGGUGUUGGCAUCAGUGACUGACGUUUGAAGCAAUCACUAGUUCAACCACGAAUGAGUGACAGUCUAAAAGUCUUCCCCAUCUCCCUUGAAAACACAUGCGUCACAGGUCUCAUUCAUUGAGCGUGGAAGGGACUGCCAUCCCAUGCAACGUGUGUACCGAACGCAAAUUCAAGAAAGGAUUUUGUUCAGGAGGAUGUAACAGUGUGACGACAAACGCAUAGGAGAGUUGCAACGGCGACAAAGCUGGUUGCUGGCUGCUUCGGUAUUACGUAUCUUCAUUAGCUUUCAGCCAAUUCCCACAAAAUGAUAAGAAAGCCAGAGAUCCGUGAAAUGGCCAACGAGCUUGGGCAAGAGACCAAGGCACAAUCAAGAAGCAUGAAGCUGCAAAAAGGUUCCGUAUGCCAUGGUGUCUUCUCAUCCAGGGCGUUGAUCCUCAUUCUUUGUCUGUUUGCAGUGGCCAAUGGUGAUUGGAUAGACCCAGAUACCCCAGAAGAAGUCAUGACAACAACAGCCUAUACGGUUAUUCCGCCACCGAAACCCACGGCAGCUCCCUCCAUUAGCUACGAUGACGACUUUUACUUUGACGACGACUUGUUAAGGUUGCAUAACAACUCGACUAAGAGGAAACCCAAGCGCUUGAAACCAACCAAGGCUCCCACAAAAGCACCCACGCUUCAACCGACGGAACCUUCUGCCUCACCUUCAGCGUAUCCUACAGCUACCGCUGGGGCAUAUAAACUGGUCUUCUCGGACGAAUUCAAUCUCCCUGGUCGUUCCUUUGAUGACGGCACUGAUCCCAGAUGGACUGCUUUGGAUAAGAAUGAUUACACCAACAACGCACAACAUUACUAUAGUCCCGGGAAUGCUUAUACCAACGACAAGGGCGAGCUCGUUAUCAAGACUGAAGCUGCCGAUACCGACGUGGUUGGCUUCGAUGAUGUCAAGCGAGAAAAGACACACGUUACAAAGCACUUCCGUUCUGCCAUGCUUCAAACUUGGAACAAGUUUUGUUUUACAGGUGGUAUCAUAGAAGCAGAAGUAGUCUUGCCGGGCAGACAUGACGUAGGAGGACUCUGGCCAGCAUUCUGGUUGCUGGGGAAUCUGGCAAGGCACACCUAUGUUGGUUCGUCCGAACACAUUUGGCCUUGGAGUGAAGUCAAAUGUACUAAAAAAAGCAGGGAUUCACAGCGGCUAUCAGCGUGCCACAAAGUUGCCCAUUACGGGAUGAAAGCAGGUGUGGGACGAGGAGCUCCCGAAAUGGAUAUCUUUGAAGUGCAACCUGGAAACGUCCAUGCCGGUACAGGACCAUUCAAGGAAAUGCCCGUGGGACAGCCCUUUAUGAGUUCCUCCUUUCAAGUGGCUCCUGGUAGAGCUGAUAUCAGACCUGGAAAUGGAUACUGGCCCGGUCCUGGACAGUGGUACGAGGGGCUGAUAGGCGGAAUGAACAGCACUUUGAACAUCCAAUUCUAUGGAAGCUACAAUCAUUUCAGAGGAGACUAUAAUCCUGCUGUUUCGGACUACUGGAGCGAUGCUCUCAGCUUCAAUCAACAACUCAACGAAACUCACUUUAAAGAUCAGCACAAGUACCGACUAGAAUGGCAAGUUCCAACCGAAGAUCAAUUAGGCCACUUGCAUUGGUUCCUGGAUGGGCAACUUGUGUUGGCAAUCAAUGGCGAGUCAUUUGUUAAAAACGGCAUGGGGAGUGAGAUCUCCUCCGAACCCAGCUACAUUUUAUUCAAUACUGCUGUCUCCUCCGAGUGGGGCUUCCCCAAGGAAUGCCCCGAAAACUGUCCGUGCAAAAAGUACAAUUGCUAUUCGAAUGAUUUCCGUGAGAAGUGUGGGUUUUCAGAAGGUUUUUGCCCCAUGAUGGAAGAAAAGCCUGCCGAAAUGAAAGUGAAUUGGGUGCGAGUCUACCAAGAUCCAGCCGACCCGACGCAAAAGGUUGGUUGCUCCACUCCUGAGCGCCCCACCCGCCAAUACAUCGAAGCUCAUGCGAAGUCAUACAAACAGGAGAACGAUGUGACCCCGCUCAAGGGCAUCCAAACAGGCCGUGGUCGGUGCGAUCCAGCUGCCCUAGGAGAAAUCGCAGCAGCUUGUGGCGGAAGCAGCCGUGGCCACUGUACGAGGGGCGCUGUGUGCGAGUGCGAUCCUGAUUGGACCGGGCCCCAUUGCCUUGCCCACCGUGGGCGGGAUCCAAUCCUCUAUGAUUCUCCAGAUCGGAUAACAGAUGUUGGGUUCGAACUACCGUUUGUGCAGGCCGCUCGGUUUCUGGUCUUUGCUCUUGCUUUCCUCGGUGUCUGCCUUUUCUUGAAUGUCCGAUGUAAGAAGAAAAUUGAGGGAUGGGAACCAAUCCCUGAUAUGAACAAACAACUGCACGCUUGAGAGACGCGCCCUGAGUUUGUGUCGUACAACCAGCCAGAAGUCCCAUCAUGUUCAUCACGCUUCACAAGCUUUGUUCCCGCUAUUCUGCUGUUCGCUCAUGCAUGACAAAGAAUCUGUUUCAAAAAUACUAGAGAUCUUUAUAUUAGACCAUUCGUGCAGCUGUAAAU